AUGCCUCGCCCUGGACACCCCCGCCCAUCAUCUGGGCCCCCACGCUUGGGACCCUGGGAGCGGCCAACGGAGCUAUGCCUGGAGACAUAUGACGAGCCAUCCUGGGCCCCACCGAGCCGCCGCACCCGUAGGCCAGACCCCAAGGACCCCGGCCACCAUGGACCCGAGAGCCUUACCUUCAUCUCUGGCUCUGCUGAGCAGGCUGCUGAGCCCCCAGCCUGCUGCCUGCUCUGGCGACCCUGGGUGUGGGACUGGUGCCGGGCUGCCUUCUGCUUCCGCCGCUGCCGGGAUUGCCUCCAGCGCUGUGGAGCCUGUGUGCGGGGCUGCAGCCCCUGCUUGCCCGCUGGGGACUCCCCUGAAGGGGCUGCUGAAGCCAGCUGGGUCAAGGAGCACAACGGAGUGCCCCCCAGCCCUGACCGUGCCCCUCCCAGCCGGCGGGACGGCCAUCGGCUCAAGUCGGCCAUGGGGAGCAGCUUCAGCUACCCUGAUGUCAAGCUCAAAGGCAUUCCUGUGUAUCCCUACCGCAGCACCACCUCCCCAGCCCUGGACGCGGACUCCUGCUGCAAGGAGCCACUGGCCGACCCCCCACCCACGCGGCACAGCCUGCCCAGCACCCUUGCCAGCAGUCCCCGAGGCUCUGAGGAGUACUACUCCUUCCACGAGUCGGACCUGGACCUGCCCGAGAUAGGCAGUGGCUCCAUGUCCAGCCGAGAGAUCGAUGUGCUCAUCUUCAAGAAGCUGACAGAGCUGUUCAGCGUACACCAGAUCGACGAGCUGGCCAAGUGCACCUCAGACACUGUGUUCCUGGAGAAGACCAGUAAGAUAUCGGACCUUAUCAGCAGCAUCACCCAGGACUACCACCUGGAUGAGCAGGACGCUGAGGGCCGCCUGGUACGCGGCAUCAUUCGCAUCAGUACCCGAAAGAGCCGUGCCCGCCCGCAGACCACAGAGGGGCGCUCAACCAGGGUGGCUGCCUCUGCUGCCCCUGCCCCUGACAGUGGCCAUGAGACCAUGGUGGGCUCAGGGCUCAGCCAGGAUGAACUCACAGUGCAGAUCUCCCAGGAGACGACCGCAGAUGCCAUCGCCAGGAAGCUGAGGCCUUAUGGAGCCCCAGGAUACCAAGCCAGCCACGACUCAUCCUUCCAGGGCACCGACACAGACUCUUCAGGGGCACCCCUGCUCCAGGUCUACUGCUAA